GUGUGUCGGGGGAUGCCCACUGAGCCCCUGCUCCAAGUGUCUCCUUUCUUCUCACUUCUGCACCCUGCCAUUAGCCAAGCUCCUGCUGCCGGGGCGCGGCGGGCACUCAGCCGGCGCCGGCGGCACCGGGGAAGGUUUCAUCCUGUAAGUGGGUUCCCUGUCAUGUUCAAUCAUCAUCAGCGCUGGAGACGCUGCUCGCCGCUCUGCUGCCCCACCGAACCUUGCAGAGGGAGCCACUGUGUCUCCUUGGGAGUGCCGAUGCUCUCAUCCAUGGGUGCCAGCACGGCCUUCUGGCGUGGUGCUGACCUGUGAUCAGGGGGAUGGACAUGGGGACCCGUUGCUGGGCAGGUGGAUGGCGCUCAGGUUGGCUCACGCCUGGCUCUUCCCCCAGGAACCUGCUGGACAUGGACACCUUCUCCAAGUCCGACCCAGUGGUGGUCCUCUUUGUGCAGGUCUCGGGGAGCAGCGAGUGGAAGGAGGUGAGCGUGGCCCCCUCUCCUGGCUAAUCCCCGGCUGGGUUAAACGGGCCCAUAUGGCCGCCCGUGUCCACGCUAAUGAUCCGGCCCCGCCAGCAGCGCUAAUCCCCCACCGGGAUUAGCGCCGAGGCAGCUGCGAUGGGGACGGGUCCUGGGGGGGCCACCCUCACCCCUCUCCCUGCAGUUCGGACGCACCGAGGUGAUCGACAACACCCUGAACCCCGACUUUGUCCGCAAGUUCGUCCUCGACUACUACUUCGAGGAGAAGCAAAACCUCCGCUUCGAUGUGUGAGCACAGCCUGUGCCAGGGGGACACAUAGUGACGCCAUGGUGGGACACCCCGAGGCUGUGCCCUGUGUGGGUGCUGUCGAGGGGGGACAAGUGCCCCUCGGCAGGCUCUAACCUGCUCUCCAUCUCUCCAUGCCCCACGGGGACUGGCAGAAGGACUUCCUGGGGCAGGCAUUUGUGGCACUGGGAGAGGUGAUUGGGUCCCAGCGGGGACGCCUGGAGAGACCUUUAACGGGGGUCCCAGGGAAGCGGUGUGGGACUAUCUUGCUGCUGGCCGAGGAACUGAGCAACUGCCGGGACAUCGUCACAAUGCAGCUGUGUGCCAACAAGCUGGAUAAGAAGGACUUCUUUGGAAAAUCCGAUCCUUUCCUCGUCUUCUAUCGUAGCAAUGAGGAUGGCACCUUUACUAUCUGCCAUAAGACAGAGGUGGUGAAGAACACCCUGAACCCGGUGUGGCAGCCCUUCACCAUCCCCGUGCGCGCCCUCUGCAACGGCGACUACGACCGGACAGUGAAGAUAGAUGUGUACGACUGGGACCGGGAUGGGAGCCACGACUUCAUUGGGGAAUUUGCCACCAGCUACCGGGAGCUCUCUCGAGCACAGAGUCAGUUCACAGUGUAUGAGGUGCUGAAUCCCAGGAAGAAAUGCAAGAAGAAGAAAUAUGUGAAUUCUGGCACUGUGACACUGCUCUCCUUCUCCGUUGAGUCUGAGUUCACCUUCGUUGACUACAUACGGGGCGGGACGCAGCUGAAUUUCACUGUUGCCAUUGACUUCACGGCCUCCAAUGGUGAGUGCACUUGGUGUCUGGGAGGGUCCCCAUCACCGUGGGGCUGGCCGUGGGGCGGGUGCAAUGGGCACUGUGCUGCAGGGUUGCCAUCACAGCCCACCUCGCUGCACUACGCGAGCCCCUACCAGCUGAGCGCCUAUGCCCUGGCACUGAAGGCAGUGGGGGAAAUCAUCCAGGACUACGACAGUGACAAGCUCUUCCCUGCCUACGGCUUUGGUGCCAAAGUCCCACCUGACGGCAAGAUCUCCCACCAGUUUCCUCUGGUGCGCCCUCCCCAUGGGACAGGGCUGAGAGUGAACCCAGACCCCUGGCUGUGGGGCAGAGCUGGCCUUGGGAGUGCCCACAGCAGCUUGGCGGGGAGGGGAAGCACCCUGGCAACAUUCUGCCCCAGUGUCCCACAGCCUGGGGGACAGCAGGAGCUGUGGUCCCCCACCAAGUGCCCCAUCUCUAUCCCCCAGAACAACAAUGUGGAGAACCCCAGCUGUGCUGGCAUUGAAGGCGUGCUGGAGUCCUACCUCCAGAGCCUGCGCACCGUCCAGCUCUAUGGUCCUACCAACUUUGCUCCCGUCAUCAACCAGGUGGCUGGGAUAGCUGCCCAGGUGACCGAUGGCUCACAAUAUCACGUCCUGCUCAUCAUCACUGAUGGUGUCAUCUCUGACAUGCUGCAGACCAAGGAAGCCAUUGUCACUGCUUCCUCCCUGCCCAUGUCCAUCAUCAUUGUGGGAGUAGGUCCAGCUGAGUUUGAGGCCAUGGAGGAGCUGGACGGUGACGAGGUACGGUUGUCUUCCCGGGGACGGUAUGCUGAGAGGGACAUUGUACAGUUUGUGCCAUUUCGGGAUUACGUGGACGACUCGGGCAACCAGGUGCUGAGCAUGGCCCGCCUGGCCAAGGACGUGCUGGCUGAGAUCCCUGAGCAGCUGCUCUCUUACAUGAAGACCCGUGACAUCAAGCCUCGCCGGGCAGAUCCCGAGUAGCUCUUCCAUGAGCCAUGGGACUGACUGGUGGGGCGAGGAUAUGUCACCCUUUUUCUGCCGGUGGCCAGGGCUUAACGGAGAUGUGACCACCGCAUUAGGGAGAUAAUCAGCUGCUAUGGUUGGUCAAAACAGGGCUGCAACCCGCUUCUGGCAGUGAGACCACAGGGCUGGACAUCCUCGGCUGCCCCUUCCUCCGGCCCGAUGUCCAGCAGCAGGGCGGGACUGUCCCUCGCCCGUGGCAGUGCGGGGGAGCACGGUGUGUGCGUGUCCCUGGAGAGCAGCCUGGCGUCUGCCCGGGGAGGCUGACCCUGAGUGCCUGCCGGGGGUCUCAGCCCCGCUGCUCCCUGGGGCAGCGGCCUCGCCCUGCUCCUGCCUGCGCCCCAUUCCUGCCUGCACCCGCUCCCGCCUGCGCGCUCUCCUCCGGCUCCGCUAGCCCGCCUGCCCGGCCUGCCCAGGCCCUGCCCGCGGCCGGGGCUGCCGGGGCGGAGGGCAGGCGGGUCUCUACCGCGUUACCGACUGUAAAUAAACUGCUCAACCGGG